AUGGUGGACUGGCUCAGUCUCACCGUGCCACUCGCCUACCUAGGCGUGCUAAUCGGCUCUCUCGCUACAUUCUCUUCUCUUUACCGGAAGCGCAAGGCUCAAAAAUCCGCUACCCUGGAAGCAUGGUUCCCCGCACACCUCCAACGCGACAUCUACUUCUCCCUCAUGCACCUCGACCCAACCUCCCAAAACGAGAAAAAGACCCCCGCCGUCCCGGAGUCCGUCCUCAAAGCCGCCCUCCUCCGCCGCGCAACAGAAGACAUCCGCCGCGUCAUGACGCUCCGCUCCCAGAAGCAAGCUCUAUCAGUGCUCCUGCAGCGCGGCAGCGUAGGCGACGACCUGUGGCAGCGCUUCCUGCGCGCGGAGAAAGAAAUGGAAGACGAGGUUCGCGACGUGGUCGCCGAGGCUAAUGCCUACGCGCCCGGUUGGGGACAGAUUAUUUUCCAGUCUGCGAAUGAGAUGUUGAAUAAUGAUCUUUAUCGGGCGAGGGUUGCGGAGCAUCAAGAGAAGGUUGCUGAGGAGCGGGAGUGGUGGGAUAAGAAGAAGACUAGUAUUCAGGAGGGGUUUAUGAAGGAGUUGAAUGAGGAGAAGGAGGAGGGGGGGUCGACUUCUGCCCAGACGCCUGCUACGCCGGCUAAGGUUAAUGAGGCGGUGCCUGUGACGACGCCGGCGAAGGCGACUUCGGUGCAGGGGAGUGAUGAUGAUGCGGUGUUGGUUGAGGCGGAUCCGUCGGUGAAUAGCCCUGGUAGUCCGGCUUCUGGUGGUGGAGGUGGGAAGAAGAAGAAGGGGAAGGGCAAGAAAUAG